AUGGGCAAACCUACUAAACCUAGAGUUAAAGGCAAUAUGAAGCCUGCCAGUAGAGCCAACCCUACAGCCAAUCCGAUCAUACAUUCACGCCCCACUACUCCUAGUGAUACAUCAAGCACAGACAGUUUAGACCCUGAGCUUGUUGUGAUCCUUAAAAAAAUCUCGAAACGCGAUUCAGUCACUAAAUUAAAAGCACUCGAGGAACUUGACAGUUAUUUAAAGAUCAACAAGGAAGUGAUUGGACGCAUUUUGAAUAAUUGGGCCAUUAUGUACAGUAAACUCGUUUUGGAAGUUGAUCGUCGUGUUCGUUUAGCAGCAAAUCAAGUACACGCGUUGAUUACAGCAGAUGCAAAAAAGAAACUUGCACCUCUUUUAAAAGAGUUUAUUGGACCUUGGCUAUUAGCCAUGCAUGAUCAAAGUAAAGAUGUGGCCAAGGUGGCACAACAUGCAUUUGAGGGUGUUUUUGCACAAGACAAAAGAUUAGGCGUUAUUUCAUUCUGUCAGAAGGAAAUCUUGGAUUAUACAGCAGAUAUGUUAUUAUACAAAACAGCAGAAACAUUGAGUGAUUCUAGAUAUGUGUCUAAAGAAGACAUGUAUGCCAAGUAUGCGCGUGUUGUAUCAUCCAGUUACCAAAUUCUUUGUUACUUAAUCACCAACUUACCAUUGGAAGAACGCAAUACAUGCCAAGCUGAAUACAAUCUUAUUCUGGAUGAUAGCACUAUGUGGAAAAAGUUCUUGGCACAUGAUAAUGCUCUGGUUCGCAAGGCAUUAUACAUGUUUAUGAAGAUACUUUUGUUGAAUUGGGUUGACAUGGUUGAAUCAAGAUUGGACUUAAUUUGUCCUCACUUCUAUCCCUGUGUGUUCACUGAGAAAGAUGCUUCCACUCAUUCAGACAUGUGGGAUACAUUGUUGUUAAUGACAAAGAAACUGCCUAAUUCCUGGAUCAUCAUUGGCAAAAAGAAGCCAGCAUUGCCUAAAUUGUAUAACUUCCUUAGAUCAGGACUAAAUGGUUCUACAAGUAUUGCUUACCCAAGUAUGCUUGCAUUAUUAGCCAACCUCCCUCAAGAACUUAGGAAUGCACCUAAUUUCUAUAAGGAUGUGUUUGAUAACUUUUGGAAGGGCUUAUCCAGUGAGCAUAUUGACAAGUCUAAUUCGCAUAUUCUUUUAAAUGCUUAUGCUGAAUGUGUUGUUUAUUUUGCCAUCACUUUAAGCAAAUCCACCGAUGAAGAAACCACGAAGAUAGCCACGAGCCUAGUUGAACAAAUCUUUUGGGGCUUGUUUGAAGUUUACUUUUUAAACUCACGCGACAAGACAAUUAAUGAGAAGCUAGAAUUGAAUGGUUAUGCUAUUCUCGCUAAACAUUUGGUUGUAUUGGCUUCUGUCGAUAGUGUUAGGGGCUGUUUAAAUACCUUCUAUACCAAUCUAGAUGGUUUGUUAGUACAAACAGUAGUAGACUGUAGUUCUAUUAUCACUCGCGCACCACUUGAUAUGGACACAUUUUGUCAAAAGACAAGUCAUUUCUUGACGGCUAUUUCACAUGAAAUUUCUCAAAAUGACAAAAGCAAGCUUACUCAUUUACAGUCUUACACAUUGGAUUUAGCCAAACGUCUUUUAUUGGCAUCUAUUGAAUCCAGCUUGGUGCAUAAAGAUAAAUCAUUUGGCUUGCUCUUGUUGGCUAACCAGUUGCUGAGCACUUGGCCAGACCAAAUUAUCAACCAUGACACAAUGAAGCAACUUACACAUACUACACAGCAACUUUUGCGUCUGUUUAUAGAUGUGCCUGAUACCUCUAUGGGUUCUUUGACGUCUUAUUAUAUUACCUUUAUCUCUCAACUAAAAGACAAGACAGAAGCACAAGUAUUAUGGAAAGCAUGGAUGCAACAAUUGAAUGAUAUGUUUAACACUUCUGGUUUGGAAUUGCGCAGUGCGAAUAUAUUGUUACUUGCCUUGGAACGCCUUUACAGUCAAAAGAUUGUAUUGGAUGAAACAUAUCAGUGUGAAGCUUUAGAUUCUGUCGUUAAGACAUGUGCUCUUGUCAAGCUGAAUCAAGUUGCUAUCGUUGUACCUCGUCCUGUACUAGAAAAACUUGUUUCCUCAAGCUUAGUUUGUCAGUUCAUCUUGUCCGCAAAUGCAACCAAGGAAAUCUUUGAAAACCUGACAAACAAUUUGAUUGAAUUCAACAAGCUUCAAUAUAUUGAAAAGAAUUCACAUACAUUACCAGAACCUUCUGUUCAAACUUUGAAGACUACUCUAUCAACUCUUGUUAUUCUGCAAAACGUAUUUGUAUCAUGCAAUAAUUCUCAAACUAUUCACAAAAUCAAAGAGCUUGCCUGCGAAAUUUUUGAUGUUAUGUUUGUUUCGAAAAAGACGAUUUAUGAUAACGAGGAAUUAGCAAAGGCAGAAGAAGACGAGCAGCUUUCCGUCAAUAUUGCUAGCCGUGCUUUAGCUACUUGGGGUUUAAUCGAUAAGAAUAUGACUAAUGAUUUGUUCGCCGCUGUCUUGGAUCGUCUCAAGACGUCCAUCAUUGAUAUCCAUUAUUCAGCAAGUCCUUCAGAUUCUGUGCGUCGAGCUAAAAAGUUACUUUCAUCAAACCAUCAAGCUUUUGCUGCACUUGUUGGUAAUGAACAAGAGUGGAACAAGCUGGCUGCUGCACCACUAGGAAAGAACACCACGGAUUAUUUAGUUCUUGGUAUUGUUGAUCCUUUUGCCCGUGUAUCUGUUGAACCUUUAGUCGACGAUGUUGGCGAACUAAUGCCUGUUGCUUAUGAUAUCUAUGGCCUUUCUUCCUUUGGUCGUUUAGUUUCUUUCUUUAGUGAAUAUUUAUCAGAAGAAUCGCAUGUCAGAUUUUUGCAGUCUGGAUAUGAUUGGGUAAUGCGUCAACUCGAGAUAGCUGCCAUUGCAUGUCAACAUGGACUGAUUGUACCUGGACUAUGCCGUGUGUAUGACACGAGAGCUGUAGAAGGCAUUCAUGCGUUUGUAGACAUGACACACCACACCGCCGAAAAAUGGCUGGUAUCUAUUGCUUCUUCUAUCAAGAGUGGCUCUGGAUGGAAUGAUAGUUUGUUGCAGGCAGUUCAACAAAGAGAAACAAACUCUAGCGAUCGUUUGAUUUCUUUUAUUUCUCAAUUGAUACUGUCUAAAGACGCAUUAUCUGCUCAUCUUUUACAAAGUACACUUCAACGUAUCUUGCUUUUACUUGAUUGGCAAACUAAAGAUGUAGAAAAAUGGUUACCCUUAAUCAAGGCAGAUGCAAAAGAAUUAAAUUUGUUAACCAAGGUAGCUAUCUUGAAUGCAUUCAAGGGUCAUUUGAGUGGUACAGAAGCAUACAAACACUACCAAAGUGAGUUAGCAAGCAGAUUGUCUGGUAUUUCCAGCUGGGAACAAUUGGAUUAUGUCCCUGAAGAAGAGGGAGACAUCAAGGAAAAGACGAAUUACAGCGUGCUUGUUCUCUUGAAUACAUCCUCCCUCAAGUUUGGUGCUUUUGAUAUACCACGCCAAAGAAUUAUGUACUUGAUUCAAGGCAUUCGACCCUUGUUGACCAAUGAAGAUGAUGAAUUCAGUAAUGAUCAGCAAAAGGCUCGAGUACAGGCACAGUAUGCCAAUCUCUUGAAGCAUUUGGCAGAAUCUGUUCAAGACGUUGUGUCUGGUAGCCAUUGGGACUUUUUCUUGCAAUGCUGCUUUAAAUGGAUGGGUUAUGCUGAUACCACACAGCCUGAAGAACUCUUGGUUGUCCAAAAUGCGCUUGAUUUACUUAAAACAUUAUAUGCAUUAGCUGCAGAUAAUAACGAGGAUAUUCAAGACAGUCUGAAAGAACAUGCUAGUCUUUUGAGCAAAUCGCUUGUUCAAUUGAUGAUCAAAGAAGAGGAAUAUCUACAACAAAAGAAAGAUCAAGUCGGCAACAAGGCAAGAUUGGUUUAUCAGACUCUCUUGUCUGAAUUGCUAGAAAACAUUCCUGACAAGACAUUGAUUGAUAGCGAUUGCUUCUCUCAUUUGAAUGCUUUGAUCCAAACGCCCAACGACGUACUUCAAAAACGAGCAUAUAGUUUAUUACAAAAAUACGUUGCUCACCGAAUUCAAGAUUUAUCCGUCAGACUUGAGUUUACAGAGGCCAGUGAAGUUAAAGUUGACAUAGAUGAAGCAUUGCUUGAUGUGCUUCUAAACCCACCAGAUCUAUCUAAUUGGCAAUUGAUUGGACUGGAAGAGCAAGCAUUGCAUGAAACACUCGGUUACCUUUUGACAUGGAUGCUAAUGUUUGAUCAUUUUACAGACAUUACGUUUAAAUUAAAGCAGGAAUACACUGCUCAACUCAAAGAAAAGGAAGCUGUUUCUCAUUUGAUGGCUGUUCUUUGCAAGAUAUUGAGCGUUGGGCAGCAACAAGGCAGUAAACCUUUUGAUUUGUCACCUUGGUCAGUUAUUGAAUAUGAUAUCGACGGCUUUGAUGCUACGCUAGAAAUGAGUUUCAUUAUCUUGGCUUCUCAUUUGUAUUAUCGGGCGCUCACCCAUAUUCCUUCUCUUGUCCGACUCUGGUGGAUUGAUUGCAAGCAUCGCCAAUUAACAAUUGCUAUUGAGAAUUAUACUGAAAAGCAUUUUAGUCAACAAUUGAUCAACAAUGAAAUGGAAUUAGUUAAUCGUCCUGAUAUCAAGACGCAAUUGGAAGAUAAUGAAGACAAUGAAUUUACUGUCAAGACAUCCAAGGCGGCAAAUGAAGUGACGGCAACUUAUAGAGUUGAUGAACAAAAUAUGCAAAUUGCCAUCAAAUUACCAAGUAACUUUCCUUUGCGUCAAAUUGAUGUAGAAGGGGUACAAAAAGUGGGUGUCAAUGACAAGCAAUGGAGAGGUUGGAUGUUUGCAGUGACUGCCGUGAUUGGGUCACAAGUAAGUGGUUCAUCAAUUUGA